UUGGCUCAAGGGGUUGGUGGGUGCUUUGCCAAAAUGGGUUGUGGCAACUCGUUGGUGGUGGAUCCGGCGGUGGAUGAGAAGUACCAGCCUCCUUUGGGUGAGCCAAAUGCUGAGAACCCACGGGUUUGGAUGGACAUUGAUGCGGAUGGCAAAGUGAUCGGGAGAAUCGAGAUUGAGCUGAAAGCUGACAAGGCGCCAAAGACAGCGGAAAACUUCCGGGCUUUGUGCACCGGCGAGAAGGGCUUUGGCUACAAAGGUUCCAAGUUCCAUCGAAUCAUCCCAGAGUUCAUGUGCCAGGGCGGAGACUUCACCAAAGGAAAUGGCACUGGGGGCAAAUCCAUCUAUGGCGAGAAGUUCGAGGAUGAGAACUUCUCGCUGAAGCACGAGGGAGCUGGGAUUUUGUCCAUGGCCAACGCAGGUGCAAACACCAACGGCAGCCAGUUCUUCCUUUGCACGGUAAAGACGACCCACCUCGACGGCAAACACGUGGUCUUCGGGCAAGUGGUGAAGGGUUACUCGGUGGUCAAGGCCAUCGAGAAGGUGGGCAGCUCCGAUGGCAUGCCCUCCCUCAGGGUCAUCGUCAAGGACUGCGGAGAGUGCCCCAAGGAGGCGUAGACAUGAGCGCGCCUCGCCACAUUUUCAACAGCAGCAAGUCGAAGCAACUUGUGCUGCACAAUGCUUGGAAUUGACUCGCCUCGCGGG